CAGCAGAGCUCCCCAGGUAACCACGAGAUAAAGAGAACGCGAUCUGGUAUCGGAGCUUUGUCACACACUAGGCUGCGCGGUGCCUACGUCGGCCUCGAGUCUGGGGCUGGAGGAGUUGCCUUUGGAGCCCGAAAGGAGGAAGGAAGCAAAAUAUCAACAACCGUCGAGGCGGCUUGGGCGCUCGGCUGCGUCCCCGCCGCCCGCCGCCGCCGCCCCCGCGCGCACCAGGGGGUCCCGGCCCUGUGGCGCCGCCCAGGCCGCGUGGACGCGGCGCCUUCGCUGUUCCCCAUCGGAGCUGCGGCUUCGCGCAGCCGAGGAUUCCGCGGACCGGGCCGAGACUCCCGGCGCCGUGACACCCCGUUCCCCUACGGGCUGGAGGCUGUGCAUAGGUGUUCUGCAGACCAUGAACUGAACACUAGUCCCAGACAUUCAUGAGCACAGUGUGAGGCUCCUGAUCACCACCCAGCAGCCCCUUCCUCUCUGGCACUAAGGACCCCCCGGAGAAGAUGGGGAGGAAAAAGAUUCAGAUCCAGCGAAUCACUGAUGAACGGAACCGCCAGGUGACAUUCACCAAGCGGAAGUUUGGGCUGAUGAAGAAGGCCUACGAACUGAGUGUGCUGUGUGACUGCGAGAUCGCACUCAUCAUCUUCAACCACUCCAACAAGCUGUUUCAGUACGCCAGCACCGACAUGGACAAGGUGCUGCUCAAGUACACCGAGUACAACGAGCCGCACGAGAGCCGCACCAAUGCUGACAUCAUUGAGACCCUGAGGAAGAAGGGUUUCAACGGCUGUGACAGCCCAGAGCCGGAUGGGGAGGACUCACUGGAGCAGAGCCCCCUGCUGGAGGACAAGUACCGGCGGGCCAGUGAGGAGCUGGAUGGGCUCUUCAGGCGCUAUGGGUCAUCUGUUCCGGCCCCCAAUUUUGCCAUGCCUGUCACAGUGCCCGUGUCCAAUCAGAGCUCCAUGCAGUUCAGCAAUCCAAGUAGCUCUCUGGUCACUCCUUCCCUGGUGACAUCAUCCCUUACGGACCCACGGCUCCUGUCCCCCCAGCAGCCAGCACUACAGAGAAACAGUGUUUCUCCGGGCCUGCCCCAGCGGCCUGCUAGUGCAGGAGCCAUGCUGGGUGGAGACCUCAACAGUGCUAAUGGAGCCUGCCCCAGCCCCGUUGGGAAUGGCUAUGUCAGUGCCCGAGCUUCUCCUGGCCUCCUCCCUGUGGCCAAUGGCAACAGCCUAAACAAAGUCAUCCCUGCCAAGUCUCCACCCCCACCCACCCACAACACCCAGCUUGGAGCCCCCAGCCGCAAGCCUGAUCUGCGGGUCAUCACUUCCCAGGGAGGCAAAGGGUUAAUGCAUCAUUUGAACAAUGCCCAGCGCCUUGGGGUCUCCCAGUCUACCCACUCGCUUACCACCCCAGUGGUUUCCGUGGCAACACCAAGUUUACUCAGCCAGGGCCUCCCCUUCUCCUCCAUGCCCACUGCCUACAACACAGAUUACCAGCUGCCCAGUGCAGAGCUAUCCUCCUUACCGGCCUUCAGCUCACCUGCAGGGCUGGCACUAGGCAACGUCACCGCCUGGCAGCAGCCCCAGCAGCCACAACCACCACAACCGCCACAACCGCCACAGUCACAGCCACAGCCACCACAGCCACAGCCACAGCAGCCACCUCAGCAACAGCCCCACUUGGUCCCCGUUUCUCUCAGCAACCUCAUCCCUGGCAGCCCCUUGCCCCAUGUGGGUGCUGCUCUCACUGUCACUACCCAUCCCCACAUCAGCAUCAAGUCAGAACCAGUGUCCCCAAGUCGUGAACGCAGCCCUGCACCUCCUCCACCAGCUGUGUUCCCAGCUGCCCGCCCUGAGCCUGGCGAAGGUCUCAGCAGUCCAGCUGGAGGAUCCUAUGAGACCGGGGACCGGGAUGAUGGACGGGGGGACUUUGGGCCCACACUAGGCCUGCUGCGCCCAGCCCCAGAGCCUGAGGCUGAGGGCUCAGCUGUGAAGAGGAUGCGGCUGGAUACUUGGACAUUAAAGUGAUGGUUCCCACUCCCUCCUCUCAGCCUCCCUGAUGAAGAGUUGACAAUCUCACCGCCCACCCCUCCCUGUCCUGGGCUCCUCCCGCUCGACCCCACUUCCUUUCUUCUGCUCCAUGUCCUGUUGAUGGUUACAUUUGUGUAUAAUUAUAUUAUUAUUAUUAUUAUUGUUAUUAUUAUUAUAUUUUUAAAUUCAAAUUCUCGCUUUAGAGAGAGGGAUGCUCUUGCCCCUUUCUUGCCCCCACCAUUUUCACUGAUGGGGGACUCUCUUUAUUGCGGGAAAGGGGGGACACUUUGCACGUUGUACACAUAUGCUGCAGGAAGGGGGGAGGCAGUAGACCUUGGAGAAGGACAGGUGCCGAGCCCUGCAUGUGGAGCCCUCCCAUCCCAUUCCCAGAUAGAACCAAAAACUACCCAACAACAAAACCCAGACAGAGGACUGAAACCCAAAGCUGGCUUGAUGAUGGGCUGGUGUCUCAGGGGAUAGGAGGAGGCAGAGUUUCUGCUUCUGGGCUGUUCACGGCUAAUACCCAUCCUGGUCCCUCCAGCUUCCUGCAUACAUACCACACUCGCUGAUCCUGUGUGCUGCACCCCAAGAUCUGGGUGAUAGAAAGGCUGGCUGCCUAGGAUUCUGAGGCCAGGGCAGGGGCUUGAGGUAGGAGUUUCUAGAGGUAACAUGGAGAGAGAGAGAGAGAGAGAGAGAGAGAAAGAGAGACAGCUGUAGAAAGAGGGCUGAUGAGGACAGAAGGACUGGGUGUGGUGAAUCGGGACACUACCCCAAGCUUUUCCUUUAAGAUGUAUAGUGCAAUAGCUCCCCAUCCUUGAUCCUACCCCACCCCUAAAGAAAGCUGGCCAUUUACUGGGAGACUUGGGAGAGGACCUUCAGUGAAGCGGCUCCAGGGUGGGCCAGAGGUGUCCUUUGGUUCCCUGGGGCACUGAGGGCAGGAGGCCUAUCGGGCAGGGUGGGAGGGCACCUCACAGCUUUUGUGCACCUGUGUCCAGAAGAAUACACAUUGGGCACAUGCAUGGUCUGUGGAGCUAGAGGGUCCUAUAGAUGAGGCCCCUGGCCUUUCCCCUGGCCUCCAAACUCCUGCCCCUGACCCACCUCCCAGCUCUUUGCGUGCUCCUUGUCUCGCUACCUCCUGUCCCUCCACCUCCAGGCCACAUCCCAAACCUGCCCUCUUGCUACUGUAAUUGUAAAUAGAGACCUUUCAAAUGUUAGUGGUGUAACAGUCCAGGAAACUGUUGUGUUUGUUGUUGUUGUAUUGAUAUGAAAUGAGAUUCUAUUUUUGUCAAAGUAUAUUGUAAUAAUAAUGACUCAAAUGGCCCGUACUGUACAGAUGAGAUUCUCCUGCUGUGUUCUUGCCUUCCUCUCCCGGACUCAUGCUUUGUUGCCACCUCAGUGGGGCUGCAGCACGCGCCAGGGGCAGCAGAAGCAUUGGGUGCUUGGACCUCUUGCUGGAUCUGAGGUCAAACUGAGGGAAUAGUCUGCCCCCUCCCCAGCCUGCUCUGUCACCACCCCUGCCCUUCCUCUGCUUCCCUGCCCAGGAAAAGGGCAUGGGAGACAGCACACAGUCCCAUGAGGCUUCCUCCCAGCUGGAGGGGAGAGUUAGACAAGGCUCAGUGUUGGAGUAGUAAGAUGCUCUUUGCCCACCUGUGACCCAGCCUUUGUAGUAUUUUGACACUUGAUGCAGGGAAGGAGCCAGAAGCAGAAGGGUGCGAGCGUGCUCGUGGGGGCGUAUCUGGGUUCACCCUGUAUUUAUGUGUUUGUGUGCAGCUGUGCGGAUGUACCUUUGAGUGACUCAGGCUCCAAGGACGUGUGUCUGUGAGCUGGGUGUGUUUACAAGGGAUAGGCAGCUUCCAACUCUGUGGCUUCACCCCCCUCCUGGGGCUGCUCUCGGUCCCAAAACAUUUUACUAACAUUAUGGGGGAGGGGAGCUAGUUGGCCUUCCUGCUUUUUCCCCACAGCCUACCUCCACCAGGGCUUCACAUUUGGAGCUCUGCCUCCACAUGGCUGUCCACUAGCCCCACCCAGUCACAGUUCUAUCCCUGGAGUUCUGACUUGUUUAUGGAGCCAACUCAAGUUCCUCUUCCUCCCGGGAGCUUUGCCUUUCAUAAGGCAGGGACACCCCCCCCCCCAGACUUUUACUCUAGUAACUGACCAGGCAUGGGGUGCCGCCCACAUUGCCUCGUCUUCCGACCCCUCCUCAGUUCCUAGAGGAAGUUUUGAGACUUGCUUAAGGCCUUGAAAGAAGCUCCUGUGCUCCCCUUGAAGUAGCUGGCAUAUUGUAAGCCCUCAGUAAAUGCUGAAUGGGUGGAUGACAGGUGCUCAAUAAAUGUGGAAUCACGGCCUCAUCUCAGGCCCAGCCUUCUAGGCUGAGCUUGACCACCAUUAUACACAGCUGGGGGGAAGCCCCUGUAGUUCAGUGUGCUACUCAAAAGUUUGCCAUCUGCUUCCCGAAAGCAAACCUGGCUUGUGAUUGCCAUGUGUGUGCAUGCACUCUGUGUGUGCCUGUGAGCGAGUGUGUGUGUGUGUGUGUGUGUGUGUCUGUGUCUGCCUGCACACGAGUUCCUGUGUGUCUCUGUCCCUGACAGUAGGGGCAGUCUGUAAGUGAAUAUGUGACAUUUCUGCAGUUCAGUAUCUCCAGGUUUCUCCUGGGGGCUAUGCAGGGGCUUCUGGCUGGCCAGGUAAAUGGAUCCCUGGGAACCCAGACCUCAAAUGGGGACUUACUUUCUUCCUCUCACAAGCCAAAUUUGCCUCCUAUCCUCUCCCUCUACAAAACUGGGUAUUUGCCAAAGUAGCCUCUGGCGUCACCCAGUGCCCUUCCCACCCCGGUUCCCUCUGCUUUCAGGAACAGUGGGACCGAGGGCCACCCCCACAUGCCUCAGUGGAACACAUUUCCUCCAUCCUCAGCAGUGUAUCCAACCAUCCCUCCCCAACUCAAACAGGAAGGAAGAAAGAAAUGCACCUUCUCUUGCUCGUUAUUUAUUUGUUUGAGAGACAGAAAUGAUGGAAAAGUAUCUAAAACUCUGUCUUAUUUUACCCAACUCUCUGGAACCCCCUGUGGGGGAAUGUAGGCUCUCUUAUAGGCUGGGAGCUCCUUGUUCUACCCGUCUGUUUCUUCGUGAGCAGAAGGGAUGGCACAUAAUGGGGAAGGAGGGCUGAGAUUCCCAAGGAGAAUCUGAAUUCUCCACCCCAUUCAUGUCCCAGAAAGAGGGCAAAAGGGAGGGAUGGGGCCAGCCAAGAGCUGACCCAUCCCCAAACUUGACAAUCACCCACACUCCUGGCUCCUGGGUCUUGGGUGAGUCCAAGUGUGUGGCUGUUGAUUUGUUUUCAUUAUUUCUUUCCGUGCUGUACGGUGAUGCUUUCUAGUAUUCUGCACAUUAAGAAAAGUCCUCGAGAUUCUUACGAGUUUGGUUUGGAAACUCUUUCACUAUAUUUGUUGUAAAGAGGUUUACUAUUAAAAGAAAAAAAGAACAUGUUUCUGAUACCUCA